UAGCUGUCUAGAGAAGGGGAGGGAAAGAAGAAACCGUGUGGAUUUUUUUUAAAAAAUAUAACUUUUUAGGUAUGAACGCAGAUACGUGCGUCUCAUACUGCGAUAUGACAUCGAUGGAUUCAUAUUAUAGCCCAUCUACUGCGCAAGGUAGGGAUCACCAGACGAACCCGUUCAGGACUUUCCCGACUGAAACCAAAUACAGCCCCACGUUCAUUCCGGGUAAAGGGCAGGGUUACGGAGAGAAGUCCCGGAGUCCUUUCCAGCCGGAGUGCCAAUCACUGGAUGGCGCUGAGGAGGGCACCUUCAACAAAUACCAGCUCUUCAUGCAGCGACCGACCUGCAAAACUCCGCCUGAAGGCAACAAGCUGCACCCGGACAGCGGACAUAACGGGACGCUCAUUCCCUGCUAUGGAAAAGACAACAGCGGCCUGACAGAAUCUGAUUUGCCCUCAAGUGUCGACAAUCCUGGGAUGGAAAGUAGCUACCUGAACCUAAAGGAGCCUGGAGUGAAGGGGCAGAGUGAGCGGCCAGGCUCAGAUCUUUCCAGCCCUCUAGACAAAAGCGAGGCUGAGAGCAACAAGGGCAAGAAGAGACGGAACCGAACCACGUUCACCAGCUACCAGCUGGAGGAGCUGGAGAAAGUUUUCCAGAAGACACACUACCCAGAUGUUUAUGCCCGCGAGCAGCUGGCACUGAGGACAGACCUGACAGAGGCUCGUGUACAGGUGUGGUUCCAAAAUCGCAGAGCCAAGUGGAGGAAGAGAGAGCGUUUUGGCCAGAUGCAACAGGUCCGGACACACUUCUCUACUGCUUAUGAGCUGCCUCUUCUUACUCGGCCCGAGAACUAUGCACAGAUCCAGAACCCUUCGUGGAUCGGGAGCAGCAGUGGAGCAUCUCCAGUGCCAGGCUGCGUCGUGCCUUGUGACUCUGUCCCCUCCUGCAUGCCCCCUCAUCCUCAUGGUCAUGGAGGUGUCUCUGACUUCCUGGGUGUGCCCAGCCCAGGGAACAGCCACAUGGGACAAACACAUAUGGGCAGCCUUUUUGGGGGACCCGCAAUGGGCGGGGGGAUCAAUGGCUAUGAUAUCAAUGUUGAUCCAGACCGCAAGUCCUCCAGCAUAGCUGCGCUGCGUAUGAAGGCCAAGGAACACAGUGCAGCCAUCUCUUGGGCUACAUGA